CAGACGAGUCCCACACUCACCAACAGUUGGCUGCGCGGCCGCUAACAUCUGGGCCGCAGAUGAAGGGACCACACGGUAGCUGCGCAGAGACUGGCCUCAUGAGCGCUUGUCCCGGAGCCGACAGCCGCACGAGUCAGUGUGUCCAGCAGGUUAUGAAGGAAGAAUGGAGUUUCCAGACCAUAGCCGGCAGUUGCUGCAGUGUCUGAGUCGGCAGCGUCACCAGGGUUUUCUCUGUGAUUGUACUGUUCGAGUUGGAGACGUUCAGUUUAGAGCCCAUCGUGCAGUGCUUGCUUCAUGCAGCAUGUACUUCCAUCUAUUCUACAGGGACCAGCUGGACAAAAGAGACAUUGUGCAUUUGAACAGUGACAUUGUCACAGCCCCUGCCUUUGGCCUGCUUCUUGAAUUCAUGUAUGAGGGAAAACUUCAGUUUAAUAGUCUACCAGUGGAAGAUGUGCUAGCUGCAGCCAGCUACCUUCACAUGUACAACAUUGUGAAAGUCUGUAAGGGGAAAUUGAAAGAUAAAGAACUGUGUAUAGAUGAAAAAACAAAUGGUAAUGCACUUGGAUCUGUCAAAGAAGAGAGCUCUUCAGAAAGCGAUGAGCCAACUGCGCAUAAUUUUGAUGCACAAAGCAAGAAAAAUUGUACUAUUGCAGAUUAUAAAAAGCCCACAAGCAGCGAAAAGAUUAAUGGACAUUGUAGGGGCUUCUCUGAUCUUGUCAAUUCUGUAUCUACAGACCCUGAAUCCAGCAAUGCAGCAGCUGGAAAAACAAAGUCCAGUGUCAAUAAUUCCACAGGACCUUUGCCUCAGAGAGCUAUUGACCAUAUCAAGGCCUCAGCUGAUGUGGACUGUGCUCUAGAUCUGUCUUUCAAGCCUGUGCCUGGAAGAGAUUUAUUUUACUCCCCCUAUGUUUCUGGACAGCUGGCCUCCGACAGCCAGCAGCGGGGCACCAUGCCACAUGUUGGAGAUCAACAAGAGUUGCUGUCAGACCAAGAGGACAGUGAAGAAAUGGAUCCAGCAAGUCAGAGUGGGAAUUCUGCCAGUAGUAUGCUAGCAGGAUUUGGACCUGUGUUCCCAGGGAAUGGUGUGACACAUGCUGAAGGAGUAGAGCAUGAACGAGAUGGGAGUGAGGAUGACAUGGCAUCAUCUGAAAUUACAAACACAAGGAUGGUAAUGUCGACAGGACAUAUUUUUAUCUGUCCUCUCUGCAGCAAAGGCUUCCCAAGCCCACAUGUUCUUCAGCUUCACCUGAGCACUCACUUCAGGGAAAAAGAUGGUCCUCGAGCCAAAAUGCCUACUGAUGGUUCCAUGCCCACCUGCUCACAGUGUGGGAAAACCUUUUCCUGCAUGUACACACUAAAACGUCAUGAACGAACUCACUCAGGCGAAAAGCCUUACACCUGUGGUCAAUGUGGAAAGAGCUUCCAGUACUCUCAUAAUCUCAGCCGUCACACAGUUGUGCACACCAGGGAGAAACCACAUGCCUGCAAAUGGUGUGAAAGACGAUUUACGCAGUCGGGUGAUUUGUACAGGCACAUACGCAAGUUUCACUGUGGUCUUGUAAAGAGUAUUGCUAUUAGAUAAUAUUUGAAUGUUUAGCAGCAAAUUUGAAUAUCUGCUUAAAAUUAAUGUUCAUCUCUGGAAUUCUUGCAUGAUUUAAGCUAAAGUGUAAAGAAACCAAUUCCAUUGCAUGGCUUUCUUGCAUAAAAUGUGUGAAAAGAAGUCUGCUUUCAAUAUUUAAGAAUCUGUUAAAGCUGCAGUAUUUCAUAGGAAACAAUAUUGUAAUAUUUUAAUGAUUUUCUUUAUUUUUGUUUUAAUAAGAUUCAAUUGCUAUCCUACAGGAAUGUCACAAUAUCCCUUUAAAAAAUUCCGAGAUCUCAGUUCCUAAAGUUUGUGUUUUUACUUUUCCUCUUCCUCACCACCUUGGAUUUGACAGUGCACAAAGUUGGCACCAUCUAGGGGGUACAAUUAGUUGUUGUAGGAUCUAUCUUUUGCAAUCAUUAGUCAGUUAUCAAAUAUAGCAGCUAUAUUUGAAAAUCAAUAAUGAACCUGCUAUACAAGCAAUACUGUGUUUUGCACACUAAAAACUAGCUUGCAAAAUAAAGCUAAUACUGACAAUUGUUAAAUGGCUAGCCUGAUCUGUAAUACCUAAGUAAACACUCUUACUCCUUCUGAAAUACAAUUUUACUGUACAUAGUUACACUUGAUGGCAUGACAUUUCACUUAGCAACAUGACCCAAUACCAUUCCAAAUGAGAGGUAAAUCAACUGUGAUGUUUUGCAAUGCAGUACUGCAGCUUUAACCUAUGAAUUUUGGAUAUGUGGUCUUACCUCCUGGAGAAGUUCAGUCAUAAAGUGUUGUUGUACUUUUGUUGUUUGCUGUGAUUGGAAUAUAGCACUAAGAACAACUACUAAAUGUUAUUGCUUUCUCCUGAUGAAACUUGAUACUGUAUUUAUAGCAUUUUGAUGGUUUGAGAUGGAGUGGGUUUUUUUUUGUUGUUAAAGGUUGAAGUUAGAAAAUUAAAUUUUGAACUAUUUCAUAGAAUUUCAAUUUUCUUUAAAUAUAAUGGAUUUUUAUCUUGAUGCAGCAAAUGGGCAAUUUUAUGAAAAUUUGAGUUCUAUGACAAAAGAUUCAAAAAUAGCAAUUACUACUGAUGAUGUUUAGAGUUUUCUUAUUUAACUGCAUAAAUCUCAUGUUCUCCAAAAAAAUUAUGGUGUUUAUUAUUGCUAAUUUUUUUUUCAGUAAGUUUCCUAAUCAUUAUUGGGUAUUACUGAAUCAUACUGGAACAAAAAAGAAAAGGUUUUGAAGAAGUAAAAUGUGAAUUCAAUUUCUUUAAAAUUUGAAGAUCAAAAACCACUCUUUAAUGUAUAUUUAAAAAAAAGAAACUUCUAUUGCACACUUGAAAAUAUUUAUGUUGCACUCUGGGUUUUCUUGGGUUUUUUUUAAUUCAAUAUAACAUAACUGCAUAAGCAGCUUCAAGGAAAAUUUAAAAACUGGAGACUAGUCAUCUAACAUAAAAUAUAAAACAGGUAAGGUCUGUAAAAGUUUUGUAUAAUCAAAAACAUUUUAUUUAUAGUUUUUUGUGAUCUUUACAAAGUUGCUGUGUAUAAUUCCUAUCCUUGAAAUUUAUUAAUGGAGAGUUUUAUAGUAAGAAUAGCAGAGCCAUUAGAAUGGAGUCUAAUUUUUUUUUUACAGAACUUUUAUUGCAUUUUUAUAGGAAAAUAUUUCCUUGUCUAAAUUUUAACAAUAGUGUUCUGUAUGGUCUAUAGAAGACAAUCGGAAAGUGAAGGGUGAUUUUUUUUGAUUAAACCUGUUAGCGCUUAUUCAGCAAGAUGUCCUUUAAUUGUUUUUUUGCCACUGUUUCAGUGUGUUGUAAAACUGUGACAAUCGUGACUAGACUUUUUUUUUAGUUUUAGCAAAAUCUUUAAAAAUUGAAGUAUAUUAAGAUUCCUAAUUUUGUGUGCUUAUGUAUUUUUUGUUAAUGGCGAAGUCUAAAUGCCUGUAUAUUUUGUGAAGACGUGCCUUCAUAUAUUACCUCAUUCAAUGGAUUAAAUAACCAGUGCACGGUUGCAACUUGUUCAGAAAAUUGAACAACUCUUAUUAAAAGAACUGACGUUUA